CCCCUUCUCAAAGUAGACCUCCCAAAAUCUGAAAAUGGCAAAAGAAAGCGACUGGGACUUCCACCUCCGAUCUCUCUCCGCCAACGCCAGAGACUCCGCCGCCGCCGGAGACCCCGCUUCAGACCCCUACAUUCUCCAAUCGGUUAAAAAAAUUAACGAGAUUUGCAAGGAAUCGGGGUCCGAGGAUUUGGUCGCCAGAGCUUAUCCGCAGCUAAACAAGCUAUUUCAGAGGGCGAUCUCGGCGUCGCCCCAGUCACAGGCCUCCAAUGGACUGCUAUUAUUGACUAUCCUUCAAUUUUUUCUUGAUUUUGGAGAAGUGGUCCUACAUGAUGCGGAUCCUAGUUUAAGAACUUUCUUCCGUUCAUGUUUAAGCAGGUAA